AUGUUGGUGGUUGUACUUUUAUUCAUUUUUUCUGGAAUCACAUUGCAAAAUGUGACCGCGCCACCUCAUAAUAUUGUUGAUCAUAUUGAAGAUAUUGAGGUUGAGGCUACACAAAUUAUUAUUACAACUUCGAAAGAUGGUAGGUUCGGGGUAGAACUAGAAAUUCCGAAAAAUCCGAAAUUUUUGAAGAAUUUUUCAAAAAUUAUUUUUUAUCUAAUAAAUUUGUGAAAAUCCUCAGUUUCAGUUUUGAGUCCAAUUUCAGAAAUUUUUUUCAUAACUCAGCUCAAGCUCAGAAAAAAUCAGAAAUUACAGAAUUCCAGUUGAAAAAUAUUGGGGCAACUUUUGACAAUUCAAAGGCGGUCAGACAGCUAUUCCGGUUGACGGAGACCACCCACGAAGCCUCUGACUUUAACCGGGCUAAAUUUGAACCGAACAAAAGAUAGAGUAAAAAAAUGAAACUUCAAAUCUUCCUGUGUAAAAGUGCGUCGCGGUGUUUGCACACACUGAUCCGCUGGAGGCAAUUUGAAAUUUUGAAGAUUUUCUCAGCUCGUAUUAACUUUCAUGAUUUCGGAAUUUUUUCACUGAUUCGUUUCAUAAUAAACUAUUUUUGACACUAAGCUUUAAGGAAAACCGGAAUAAUUGUCUAACUGCUUUUAAAAUAAGUUCCCAACAAAAAUCCAAAAUCUUUCCUCCAGGACCCCCGAACAUCUAAAAAUCCACAUCGAACUAAUCGACAUCGAGGAAAACAAAAAAGUGAAUCCAGUCGAUUUGAGUGGUGGAUGGUUGUUGCUCACCCGCGGUCGCUAUACAAUUCCAUUUCUUCGACCAGGCGCUCUCUACGGUGUCCGCUUCAAAAGCGAAAAUGAGAUCAACGGCCAAAAAGUUUAUCACGAAGAUGAGCGUGUUGUCCGCACAAAAUCUCGAGAAAAUCAUCCCUAUGGCUCCCUGGCUGGAGCAAUCGCUCCAUUGGUUGGUAUUCCCGGAAUCCCCUCGAUUACUCCGGUUGCACCAUCUGAGAAACAAGAUCACAAGGAAGAAGAAGAAUUUGUAGAUGCACUGUCUGUGAAAAUGCAUCGAAGUCUUGAUGGCAUUGAGAAUUAUGAGAGUUUAUAUGUGACAGUUUCAUGGAAAGAUCAUAAAGGGUAAGGUUUCUAUUAUCGAAACGCGCUCCACCGAAAUAAACACGCAACGCAGACCGCGCCGCGCCACAACACAAGGAGGAAAUUUGAAUCGUUUGUGUGUUGUGGCGCGACGCGGUCUGCGUUGCGUGUUCAUUUCGGUAGAGCUUCGGAAAGAAUUCUGAAUUUCAGAAGAAAUAAUAAUACCAGUGGAGUUGUGAAAAUUCGAGUGAUUUGUGAGAACACAGACACAAAAGAGGAAAUUCAUUUGAAAGGCGAUGAAGAUGCGGUGACUAUUGAGAUUACUGUAAGUCGGGCUGAAAAUUUUUCAGCUGAUUGUGAAAUUCGAAUUCCAGAUGGAUCAAAAAUACGAUAUCGAAGAGAUGGAUCGCGUCAAACAUCAAAUCAAAGCCCACAUAACCCCUCUAAAAUGCCACAAGAUCUGCUGGACUUCUGAUCUUGUUCUAGCCUCCGGAUUCGGAGAUUUUACAAAACAUUUGGGUGAAACUUGUGAAGAUAUUGAGGGAACAACAAGUACAACAUAUUUGCGAAAUUUGAAAAGGAUAUCUGUGGAGGAGAACAAUUUGUCGAUUAAUGAAUUGAUUGUGGAAACUGAAGUUGUUGAAUCUGAUCAUGCUGUUGUCACAAUUAAUCUAGAGCGAUUAGGGGAAAAUGAUACGCAGUCAUUGAGGUGAGAAAAAAUCUGAAAUCGCAAGAAUUUUCCAUACAUAUUGUAGAAAAACCUUUGAUACUUCAACAUCCAAUGGUAAAUUCAUCGUGCCCCUCGAAGACGAUUCCAUCUACGCAGUUCGUUAUGAAUAUCUCAAAACCAAGCCAUUUCACUACACAUCAAAAUCUCAAUUUCUUAUCGAAUCCCCAUCUGCAAAUUCAACACGAGCUUCUGCUUCUCUUGUGGAUAUUUCGGUGAUUCCAACAACUUUUGACUAUAAAAAAGAUAAGCCGGAGAGUGCGUUGAAACCUGAGCCACCAUAUUUGAUUUUGACGAGAUCGAAGGUUUAUGGAAGUCAUGAUUUGGUUUUGCAUAUGGAUCCGUUUUGCGGGGAGAAUCGGACGAAUGUGAGAUUGGAAGAUCGAUAUCCAGUUCAUCAGGUGAGAUCUUAAACUAUCGAGCCUAGAAUCUCCAAAAAACAAAUCUAGAAGCCUGAAAAUUUCAGAUUGAUGCCACCCCGAUUCUGUGUGGAUUCGAGCCCAAAAUGUAUUUCUGCAAUCACAAUGCGACUUACAAAAAAUGCGAUUCAACACUAUGCUUCUCAACUUCUGUGAUUCUUCAGGGAGAAACCUAUGACUCUGAGGUAAUUCCAAAACUUUAAAGGCAGUUAUUAUUCCGGUUUUCCUCAAAUCUUAGUGUCAAAAAUAGUUUAUUAUGAAAGGAACCAGUAAAAAAAUUCCGAAAUCAUGAAAGUUAAUACGAGCUGAGAAAAUCUUCAAAAUUUCAAAUUGCCUCCAGCGGAUCAGUGUGUGCAAACACCGCGACGCACUUUUGCACAGGAAAAUUUGAAGGUUCAUAUUUUCACAAUAUUUCAUCUUUUGCUUGGUUCAAGUUUAGCCCGGUUAAAGUCAGUGGCUUCGUGGGUGGUCUCCGUCAACCGGAAUAGCUGUCUGACCGCCUUUAAUCCCGAGCCCCCUGAAUUUUUUUUUGCAGACCCGCUGCCUGAAUUUCACAUCCCACUUCCCUCCGCUGAUAUCAACUUCCCGAUUCGCCGUCUUCUUCUAUUUUCCCUAA